AAAGCAUCGUUGCUUAAACCUCUGUGGUGUAUCACCUUUAAAAGUUGUUGCUGGUUUAGUUCGCUGGGCCAUACAAUUUUUAGGCUGUUUCUCUCUCUCACAUAUUCAUCAUUAGUACAAAACUUUUAUGGCAGCAUCCCUAAGAGACGAUGAGCUGCGGAGGGAACUCAAGGCUUUGGGCUUUGAUCCAGGUCCAAUAACAGCAACUACAAGGUCUGUCUAUGUAAAAAAACUUGAAAAGCUCCAAAAGGAGAAAAAGUCGUUCAGUGUGGGUAUUUCAACAAAAGAAGUGUCAGAAACACCUAAACAAAUAUCUAAGUUACGCAAAUCAACUGGGACUAUAAAUUCAAUCUCUUCAGGAACAGAAGGUUCCAGUGUAAUCAGUCGUAAGCAUACAACUGUCGAAUCAAAUCAUGACAUAGGAACAGAGAAUAAACACUUUCCCAGUACACAAUAUUCAAAAUCCAAGCCACCUCUUACCGGACAUAAUGUGGAUUUAUCUGAACCUUACACUGACAUACUUCCGAGAUUAAUUCCAAUAGGAACAUCUCAAACGGAACCUGUGAAUAAGUUUCGUAACGAUUCCGAUACGAUCACUUCAGUUUCUUCACAUACGCAGUAUCCUGCACAAAGAUUUUCACGUGACCUAAAUCAAAGCUCAGUUGGUUAUACACCCACCAGGAAAACGUAUGUUUAUAUUAAGGAUGAUUCUGUAGACGAUGAUACAGAUGAGGAAUUAUCAAAACCAAGUUCGAUGUCAUCCACCUUGUCCAGAGUUACUGGUUGGCUCAAUCGGAGUGCCCAUGAAUUUACGAAACCCAGGUCUCCAAGGGAUGAGUCUGUUUAUGAAAAAUCCAAACUUAGUGUUCGUCGUUCCUCACACAGCAAUGAUCGUUUACAAAUAUCAGAUACAGAUACUUCUGAUAUAGAAAAUUCCACUCGGAGCCCUUUCUUCAAGAGACUAUAUUCCUCUCCAUUCAGGAACAUGAAAUCGCGAGAUACUGGAAUCACAACGUCUCCUGGUCUUCUCUUCACUCCACCAUCUAGGAAUCUUGAUAAGCCGACAUAUCACGGUGUUUCUAUUUUAUCUGAAGAUACUGAUUUCAAUGAUCUUGUUCGUAGCCGAAAGCAGCAUGAUCAAAAGAACAGAUUUUCAAAUUAUUUCUUAUUUGGGAAGCAUUUCCCCUGCAGUGUCUCAAAUAUCCCUAAUUUGAUUCUUAUUUCAAGCAUUAUCGUGUGUUUUAUGUUAGUUGCAAGUUAUUUAUUCUUGAAGGAUCACCAUGGAGAAGUUGGUAAAAUGGCAGAUGUACAGAAGUUACUUUGUCGAUCUUCAGGCGACUACAAUAAUAGUCUUACAAAAGGCUUACAUCGCUGUCUACAUGAAGAUGAUCUAACUGCAUCCUUAUGGGUUCUUGGGAUUUUAUAUGAUAUUCUCAGUCGUUACGCUGGAGAGUUUUACUGUAAAGUUGAAGUUUUAACUAGUCCUCGUCUAGAUGUAUCUUCUGCUGAACGUUUAGUUGAGCACAGCUUGCAAAUGAAAGGCUGGCCGACAUUUCCGAAAACUGAUUUUCGUCGGGUGUGGGAUAAUACACUAUAUGUGCUACUUCAUGUUGGAAAGAAACAUUUUAGUCUUGUUGCUGUUGACGUUAGCAAAUCUGAACUAGGACCACUCAAUCGAGUAAUCCAAAUCACUGAACUUGAAAGUCUUAAACCAUAUUUUCCUGGCGUUUGCCGACUCCGACGGAGUUUUCAAUGGUUUGCUGGUGUAUGCGUAACUUUUUUCUGGGUCGUAUUAGUUUGUGUGAUUAUUUUGGGGAUUUGUUAUGGAGUUUAUCUACUUCGCUCUAGAAAAUUACGCGCAUUAGAACGUCAAAACUGUCGAGUGAGAGAACUGGUGGCAGAAGUUGUAUACUUGCUACAAGAUCAGUUACGAGAAAAUGAAGCCAGUGCUAAUCAGCCUCCUUAUGUUCCUGUCUAUAUGAUACGUGACCGCUUGCGUCAAAAACAUCACGACUUAGAUCGGUUGUGGCCUGAAGUUACGCGUUAUGUUUAUGAAGUAGAAACUUGUAUCGGUGUACAAGAAUGGAGAGGUGUAGGUGAAACAUGGCAGUGGCAAAGCGGCACAGGUUGGCAAGGUUCUGCACUUAUGGACACAUCACAGAAGCCAAGUUUUAUUGUUCCCCCAACGGAGUGCUUGAAAAUAAGGAAUAUGUUUUCUACUGAAAGUAUCGAUGAACGUGGACGUAAAAGAAUCAAACGCGAACUCUUAAAAAAAUUAAUGCCUUGUGGGCCCAUUCUACACAUAGGCUUAGAUAGUGUCGGAAUAAAUGUAAGUGAUUUGCUAAAAUUGUUGCAGCAAUGCUGUCAAAUAAGGGUUCUUCACAUUACUUAUUUUUAAAUCCUAGUUUUCAGCUAACUCCAUUUAUAUAAAUUUGGAUAUCCUGAUUGUUGUAUUACUUCUAAAAUAAAUGUUGUUGGGCCACUGUGAUGCACAGAUUUGUACACGUUUUUUUGGUUGGAGUAAUUGGAAAUUGAACCAAAAAGCUAAAUACCUAACAGCAUCUUAUUUCCAAACAAUUAUCCAUCUUAAAAAUCCCCUGAUUUAUUUUCCAUGUGUGUUUACGAAAUGUUUUCAUUCAUCCUCUAGUCGUUCUUUAAAAUAAUGAUGCUAAUUUUCAGCUUAAGUGGAUGUUUUUAGUGAUAUUUUGCUCUCAAAUGCAUAUGGUUUAGUUAAGUUUAUCAGAAAGGGGUUUUAUGGAGAUUGCAGUAAUUUAAAAUUUGAAUUCAUGAGCUUUCACUGUCGUUCUAGACCACAUAAAAUUAGCCCCUACUUUAUAUAGAAGUUGGCGUUUUAAUUAUUUCACAGGAACACAAUCCAGAAAACCUCAGUUUUCCCUCAUAAACUGACAUAAUCACUUAAUUCUAUUUUAUUGAGACAGAAAACGGUAAAUGCAACAUCAUCUACAAAAUAAAUUGCACCAGUUGUCAAAAGUGUUACUAUUGAACAUAGUGAACUCCUUCUCUGCCUGUGCAUAGAUAAACUUUGAUAAGUAGUUAAACUAUAUUAUGUAUUAUCACUAGUAUUAAUCCACAGGUAUGGACGUGAAUUCAAUUGAGAAAACGACGAAAUUCUGGGCCGGAGAGACUAAGUGCUGGAAAAUUUCUACUGUCAUGGCAUCAACACACAUAUCGACCGAGACAUAAAAGGAGUCCAUUCAUAGUCAGAUGUCAUUUGAGAUAAACAGUUAAUAGGAAUGCAAGAAUAAUUUAUGACAAUAAAACCUAUAAAAAUAAUUAAAGACUAGCAAAGGGACUUGAAAAAGCUGAUAUAACGCUUGUGAAAUAAUUGGAAAGCUGGUUUCUACAUGAAUUAGUCACUGGUGUGUCUAAUGACAGUAAAGGCUUCACUAAUAAACCGUUUAACUGAGAACAUAACACUUGGAAUUUUCUGAUAGGAUCUACUGACUUGAGAUUACAGUUCUAUUAGGUCUAGAUUCUAGUUUCGGAAAGAACAAAUAAUUAUUUAGAAUUAAACGAUAUAAUCGUUUUUGAAGUUUUCAAAACUUAUUUUGAUAAUAUAACAUUGCCUAUUUUUAACUGGGAUAAGGCGGUAUUCUAGUACACUUAUAACUUUUUUGUUAUUGACUAGUAUUGUUGAAUAGUUUACUACUAGUGAACAUGGUAGCGUUAUUAUUGGCAUUCCUGCCGGUAAAAUAGACGCGGAAGUUACUGCACGAAGUUUUUUCUUUUGUUUAGAGACAAAGUUACACUUCGAUUGAUACUUGAGUAAUGUAAUGUAUGUGAGGAACCAGCGUUCUAAAGCCGAAUUUUCUAAGAUUUGCUACGAGUAUUCUGUGAUAAUUUUUCCGAAAGAUAUCGUGUUAUUUUUACUUACUAGUUCUAGAAGACUCGUAAAAACUCAUAUUUUUAGUUUCAUUGAUAUAUGUGAAGGGUAGCGUUACAGUAUCUGUGGGAGUGAAAGUAAAUGGGGUUUGUUAAGAAAAUACAAAGUUCCGUCCCAGUUAUUCAAUGUUAUUUUCAGAUCUCGUCUGUGGGACAGUAAUAUCUACUGAAUACAAAUAGAUCUAGUUAAUAUGUAGAAUAUAGACCACUACCAUUAAAUGACGAACUAAAAGCUAUUUGUGAAAUAGCUGUAAUAACCACUUAAGGAACCAGUUGUUGUUAGACAGUUGUCUCAAGUGGAGCAUUUCAUCUCAAUGGAUGAAUGUGCAGAUAUAUGGGAGAUCAAUCCCACCUAAAUUUUGAAUUAAUGAAUGAUUUGUAGUUCAUAUCCUUUUAUGAUUCAUCGUGCAUUUAACUUGUAGAUAUUUAAAUUAGUUCGACCGUUUUUGUCAGUCAUUCAUCCAAACAAACUGUUGUCUCACUGUAAAGCCUGUUACAAAAUGUGGUUCAUGUUAAUGGACCUCUCAAAAUAUACAUCACAAAAUAUCAUUACAUGAAUCAUAGUGAAAUAAUAUUUUGUGUUACCCGAUUGAUGUUAAGAAAGGAGUCAAACUGUAAACUUACAGACGAUAAUAAUAUAAUAUCUGAUAGUCUAAACACGUGUUUCAGUUGAGAAAUAAUUCAUUCUCUGUUUAAACUAUAAAUAUUUAGCUAGCUGUGUUACACUUCUAAACGUGACAUCAGUUUUAUCCGCAGGCAUGAAACCAGCCUGAAUAUAUCUUUGAUUUGUUCAAAUAAUAUUUUUUAGUCGCAAAUAGAUAUCUGUUGUGAGUUUUCGGCUUUCUCGAUUUUCUUAUCUCAGGGAUUGGUGUAUAUAAAGUGUGCAGAUCCGGAAACUGCAGGUCGCGUUUUCCAUUCGAUACAUGCUAAUUAUUUUGAUGGUCGUUUGUUGACUGUAAAGUUCUUACGGGAUAAUAAAUAUUGUUUACGUUUCCCUGAGGCUCAUAGUAUAAAACAGCCACUUCAAAUAGAAGAUUUCGAAUGAAUGAUCAGUAGUCGUGUGUAUUAAAAAUUGUCAAAAAGAUGUGUUGUACUAUAAUUCUACCUAACAGUUUUUAAUGAGUUUCUUUUUUGAUAUGUAUACUUAAAAUUGUUCGGUGUUCCAAUUUAUAUAAUCGCAUUUACACAACAUCUAUUAAUACUACUACAUUUUUCAGUCUUUUUAAAUGCAUUUUCCAUUUAUGUUAUUAUUUACUUUGUAGAGUUUGUAUAUUUGUUUAUCAAUUCAUUGUAUUUUUAAGCUUUGUAAUCUUGCAUAUAUAUUUUCUGAAUAAAUUAUAUACUGUU